AUGGCGGGUGAAUUAGUAGAAUUUGAAGAGGGUACAAUAGGCAUUGCUCUCAAUUUGGAAUCAAAUAAUGUUGGUGUUGUAUUAAUGGGCGACGGUUUGUUGAUACAAGAAGGAAGUUCUGUAAAAGCAACGGGAAGAAUUGCUCAGAUACCCGUGAGUGAGGCUUAUUUGGGUCGUGUUGUAAAUGCCCUGGCUAAACCUAUUGAUGGUAGAGGUGAAAUUUUAGCUUCUGAAUUUCGAUUAAUUGAAUCUGUCGCCCCGAAUAUUAUUUCGCGUCGUUCUGUAUAUGACCCUCUUGAAGCUCUACGUGACGAGAUCACCGCGUGCCAAGGAUGA